CUUUUGUGGGAGUGCAAGAACAGCAGCGUUUAAAACUGAGGGGAAAUUUCCAGACUCCACUAAGACCCUCAGUAUAAGCCAGCCAGUAAAAUAUGGGAUCUGCCCAGAGGAGCUCCAUGUAUCGGAUGGUCAAGACCAAUAAAGCUGGGUCCAAGGUAGCAGUUUCAGCACCAAAAGGGUCUGAGGAUACCAACACAACUCCUCAGCGGGAACAAGGGUACAUUCUUGCCUCGAGCUCACGACAUGCUUCGGUCCAAAUGAGCCCUUCACCACAUCGAAGAUCAGAAGCUGGGCAUCUCACCACUCUCCAUUCAACAUCAGACUAUCCUCGAUCCAGCUCCCCUCAAUCAGGGACUGGCCUUGCUGGAACACCCAUCCCUCGAGGAAGUGAGACUCGAUCAAAAUCAGAAACAUACCGCCAUCCCUCUCCUCAUCGAAAGGGCCAUCAAAAUCAGAUAGCUUCCCAUGGUGUCCAGAUGCAGCGCAAUGUUAGUCCAUCCAGAGAGGAAUCAACACGAAGAGGGGUUGAGAGCAAGCCAGGGCGUGACAUGAGUAAUCGCUACUCAUUAAUCCCAGAUGCCAAAUCCUCUCGCCGGUUGAGUUUUGUGGACCAGAAGGAUAACUUACAAAUCUUACAAGAAGAUGACCCACCCUCCAAGGUCCAGUACCCACAAGGGGUCAGAAUUCGCCGUAGGACUUUAGUUUGCCCAAAGGAUGAAGCAGUACAAACUGAGCCCAUCCAAAAGGGUUUGACGGCUACGGAGAUCAGAUCUCCAAGGAGACCCUCUAGCCCAGAACAUAGCAGUGGCCGUGUCAAUGCAGACUCUCGGACAGCCCUGAGAAGGAUCCUUGGCCAGGAGUGUGAAAUGAAUCGUCCCACCUCAAUCUGUACAGAACCCAAGGCUUUGCAUAAGAAUAUGAAUGUGGAAUCAUCCCUCAGACUCUCUGUCCUUAAGGAUUUGGAUGGUGGACACCGAGUUUCUGUACGUCCAGAUCCCGAAUCUGUCCCCAGGCAUUCUGUCUAUGCGGACAUCAAGCCCUCCCCGAAGAUCUUAAUAUCAACAGAAGUAGAGUCCAACCUGAGGCCCUCAACCCGAGGAGACAGCGAGGUUGGCCGUAGGGUAACCAUCUCCCCAGGGGGACAGUUACUACACCCAGCACCCCAAGUGGCAUCUCGAGCAAUGUCUGAGAGCCCCCCCAAACCUACGUUUGUCACUCCAGAGCGCAGCUAUAAGCAGCACACCCAAAGGCUUUCAGAAAGUGUCUACAUGUCCCCAGGACCGUCCCAAAAGCCCUCUGUCCAUGCAGAACUGGAACUGACCCCUCGGCCCUUACCCCCUCGGUCCUUACCUAGGUAUGGGCCUGAUUCCUCAUGGUGGACCUUACUCAAUCCUGAAGUUGAAACACCCCAAAGCCGGCCGACAACACCUGAUUUUGAUUCUGAGUCCCCUCCUCCCCCAGAUCCUUUAUUGUCCUUUUUUGAAAUGGACUCAAGUCCUUUCUGUGAGGAAAUGAUGUUCCAGAGAGAGAAGGCAAGUCCAUCACCACCACCAGCACCAGCAACACUGCCACCACUCUCAUUACCAAAGGAGUCUCUAAAUCAGGCACUGUUGAGCGAAGUGCCACUGGCCUUCAAGCGUACCUGCAAACAACCCAUUGAAAGGUUUAGUGCUUUCUUCGUGGAUGUCUCUGAGGAAAUGUACACUCGUGUCAUCUGUUGGCUAAAAGAUGAGGAGAUCAAGUGCUUCCUGGAGGACACCGAUGACACAGAACUGAACAAGUUCGUGAAGGAUUUCCCAGGAAGCGAGAGCUGCCACCAACCAGAGGCCAAGACCUGGGGGUCCAAGCCCCAAGUCCUGGAGCCAAGGCCCCAGGCCCCGGACCUCUACCAGGAUGACCUGGAGUUCAGACCCCCCUCGUGGUCCCAGGCCUCUGACAGCCAGCAGUGCUUCUCUGCCUCCGCCCCUCUCAGCCCCUCAGCCCGGCCCCGCAGCCCCUGGGGCAAGCUUGAUCCCUAUGACUCCUCUGAGGAUGACAAGGAGUAUGUGGGCUUUGCGACCCUACCCAAUCAAGUUCACCGGAAGUCUGUGAAGAAGGGCUUUGACUUUACCCUCAUGGUGGCAGGAGAGUCUGGCCUGGGGAAAUCCACUCUUGUCAAUAGCCUCUUCCUCACCGAUCUGUACCGGGACCGGAAACUCCUCAGUGCUGAAGAGCGGAUCAUGCAAACUGUGGAGAUCACUAAACAUGCAGUGGAUAUAGAAGAGAAGGGUGUGAGGCUGCGGCUCACCAUUGUGGACACACCGGGUUUUGGGGAUGCAGUCAACAACACAGAGUGCUGGAAGCCUGUGGCAGAAUACAUCGACCAGCAGUUCGAGCAGUAUUUCCGAGACGAGAGCGGCCUGAACCGCAAGAACAUCCAAGACAACAGGGUGCACUGCUGCCUGUACUUCAUCUCACCCUUUGGCCACGGGCUCCGGCCGCUGGACGUUGAAUUCAUGAAGGCCCUGCAUCAGCGGGUCAACAUCGUGCCUAUCUUGGCCAAAGCGGACACACUGACACCUCCUGAAGUGGAGCGCAAGAAACGCAAAAUCCGAGAGGAGAUUGAGCGCUUUGGAAUCAAGGUCUACCAGUUCCCAGACUGUGACUCUGAUGAGGAUGAGGACUUCAAAUUACAGGACCAAGCCCUAAAGGAAAGCAUCCCAUUUGCUGUAAUUGGCAGCAACACUGUGGUAGAGGCCAGAGGGCGGCGAGUUCGGGGCCGGCUCUACCCCUGGGGCAUCGUGGAAGUGGAAAACCCAGGACACUGCGACUUUGUGAAGCUGAGGACAAUGCUGGUGCGUACUCACAUGCAGGACCUGAAGGAUGUGACGCGAGAGACACAUUAUGAGAACUACAGGGCACAGUGCAUCCAGAGCAUGACCCGCCUGGUGGUGAAAGAAAGGAAUCGCAACAAACUGACUCGAGAGAGUGGUACCGACUUUCCCAUCCCCGCUGUCCCACCAGGGACACAUCCAGAAACGGAGAGGCUGAUCCGAGAGAAAGAUGAGGAGCUGCGGCGGAUGCAGGAGAUGCUGCACAAAAUCCAAAGACAGAUGGAAGAGACCCAUUAGCUGGCUUUCAAUCCUGGAUAUUUAAAUCUCCUCCUCGUCCUGCCCAUGCCGGCCCCUCCCAGCACCAGCUCUGCUCAGGCCCCUGCAGCUACUGCCACUUCGCCUUACAUCCCUGCUGCCUCCCCAGAGACUCAGAGGAAAUAAAGUUUAACAAGUCUAUAGCUGC